AUGCACCUUCGGCCAAAUACCAAGCCCGGCCCCAAAACCAACGAGGCUACGCAAGGCGUCCCGCCAAAGCCACCCCAUUGGCCCAAUCCCCACGCACCUAGCUACCUGCCCAUCCUAAAUUUUGACAACCACCAAACCUCAAGCCUCGUCUCCUUACCUCUCGCGAAACCUCCAAAACACAGCACCAUGUUCUGCACAAGGUGCAUCCGCACCGCUGCCACAAGGCAAAGACUACCUCUCAUCCGCCAAUUCUCCGCCUCCGCACAAAUACGCUCCGCAGAGCCGAAGCUCUCCACGCCACUCGCCGACGCAGGUGCUCCAGCCAAAGAAUCAUCCAUACCACGAUCCAUCUGCCCCGAGGGUACAGUCCUCACAGGACUCAACUACAACAAAGGAGGACAGGACCCCGUCGCCAAAAAGGACGAAGAAUACCCAGAAUGGCUUUGGUCAUGUCUCGACGUGAUGAAGACGGCCGAUGCAGCUGAUGAGAACGCCGGAGAUGAAUUCUCCAAAUCCAAGAAGCAGCGAAAGUUGGCAGCUAAGCGCCAGAAGGCCCUGGAGGCGAAGCUUCUCGCCGAAGGAAACCUGGCCGCGUUGGUUCCCAAAGUUCCUAUUCAGCACCAGUCGAUCAAUCUGCCGGGUGAAGAGGGUGGAAGUGUUUUUGAUAAUGUCGCGGCGGCUGAGAAGAGAGAAGAGCUGCGGAAGGCUAUGCGCAAGGAGAGAAAGGCCAAGAUUAAGGAGGCAAAUUACUUGAAGUCCAUGUAA